CAACCGCCGGUGUCCCCGGGCGCUGCGGGGCUCCGCGGGGACAACGGCCGGGCUGACCCUGCGCCAUGACCGUGCAGCGCCCGUCCUGGCCUCCGCUCUACUUCCCGCACUUCCACGGGACGGAGCCGGUGCCGCGGCCGCCCGGGGGAGCCUGGGCCCCUCUGGCCGCGCUGUGCUGGCCGUGGCAGCCGCUGCCGGCCGCGGCGGGGCCGCCCCGCUACGCCGCUCUGCCCGCGGCCGUGGUGCCGGAGCCGCCGCGCCUGUGCUGCCCGCCCGGCGCUCCGCGGAACGGGGAGCUGGGACGGCGGCCCCCGGGGCUGGCCCAGCUGCAGCUGCAGGAGGAGAUGUGCGAGCUGGGAAUCCGCCUGAAGGAGCUGGAGCUGGCGGCGCUCAUCGGAGACGGUUUCGACGCCAGGCAGUACAAAAUUCUGAAGGCACUGGAAGAAAAGAAGAUCCAAAGCAUGAAAGCAAUGCAGAGCCUGAAGUAAUGUCCACCAAAAUACUGAGGAUUAUUUCAGCUGGGUAUUUUGACACUUAGCACUGUGGACUGUUCUAAUGGGUCUUCAAUAUUUGUUUUCUACUCACUAUAUGCUGUUCCCCUGCCAAAUUAAAAAUUUAGCAUAUUA